AAGCCGGAAGAAGGAUCCGGACAUGGAGCUGAAUGUGGAGCUCAUCCGACCGCGGCUCGGGAAGUACAAGUUUCGGGAUCUGACGGUUGAAGAGCUGAGAGAUGUCUACAAGGCCUUCCCAGGAUUCAUCUACUCCAUGGAUACAUACACGUUUAAAGAUGGUUCCCAAAAAGACCUGCUGAACCUCUCGGGGACGGUUCCCAUGAAAUUUCAGGGGAACUCUUACAACAUCCCGAUCUGUCUCUGGCUCCUGGACUCGCACCCCUUCGCUCCCCCGCUCUGCUUCCUGAAACCCACCGACGCCAUGGGCAUCCGGGUCGGCAAGCAUAUAGACGCCCAGGGGAGGAUCUAUCUGCCGUACCUUCAGGACUGGAGCCACCCCAUAUCCACAAUCCUCGGACUGAUCAAAGAGAUGGUGAAGAAGUUUGAGGAGGAACUCCCGCUCUACUCCCUCUCAGUUGCCGACGCCGCCAGACAGAGGGAGCUGCUGUCCUACAUCUCUCAGGUCACCGAUGGCGUAUCGAACAUAGAUGUGAGUUCACCGAGCAGGGGAAAGGUUACAGUAAUUGGAGGUGGGGAUGUGGCUCUGGCUUGUUUAUUGGCCAUCUCUGCAAAGAGGGCUGCGGACAAGCUGGUACUUCUUGACGUCAGUGAUGGCGGACUGAAAGGGGGAGGAGCCAUGGACCUGGACAUAUUCUGCAUCCCAAAUGUGCAAGUCAGCAAAGAUUUGUCUACAGCUGCUGGCUCUAAGGUGGUUAUCGUGACCGUGAAUGCAUGGAGCAAUGCUCAGUCUUAUUUGGAGGUUCUUCAGAGUAACGUGGAGCUGUUACGUGGCAUAGUGCCAGCUGUGGCCUAUCACUGCCCAGACAGUGUGCUGGUCAUUGCCUCUCAGCCAGUGGAGAUCAUGACCUACGUGGCCUGGAAACUUAGCGGCUUGCCUCAUCGGCAGGUCCUAGGGAUCGGAUGUAAUUUGGAUUCAGCCCGGUUCCAACACAUCAUCCGCACCGUGACCAAUUCCCAGGAGGAGGCGCAGUCCGGUUGGAUCAUCGGAGAGCAGGGCGAGAACAAAGUGGCUGCAUGGAGUCAGGAAGAUGCUGCAAACAAUCACAAGUCGCCUACAAGAUUAUAUCCCAAGAUCUUCCAAGAGCAGCUGGCAAACAGGACCUUGGAGGUCAUGAAAGGAAAAGGUCAGAGGUCGUGGUCCAUCGGUUUGUCUGUAGCCGAACUCACCGACACCAUUGUUCAAAACAAAGGGAAGACCCAUUCAGUAUCAUCCUUUGCCAAGGGUUUCUACAACAUAGGGGAGGAAGUAUUUUUAAGCCUGCCAUGUGUACUGGGAAGCACCGGAGUGUACGGGAACCCCCAGAUCCUUCAACAGGACGAGACGAUGACUGCGGCCCUCCGGAAAAGUGCCUCUUCCAUUCACAAUCUUCAGCAGCAGCUGAAACUCUAACUUUAUGGAGCCGGACUCCUCUGUCUUCUCUACUAUGCAAUGAAGUUGUAUGGGGGCCGUGUCUGCAGUGCAGAGCAUCGCACUCCUACAACGAAGAGAUGCUUGCCGGGUUACUGAAAGAAAGAAAGCUUUUGUAGUUUGUAUAUGGGGGGGGAUUAUAAAGUGCUCUUUUACAAAUGGUCAAGAUGGCAUUUUUGCAUAGAUUUUGAUCAUUGUGGUCUGUGUUGUCCGUAGCAACCAAAUAAUUUCUCUCUCAUCUUCCCGCACUGAAUGGAAGCAACUGAUUGGCUGCAACAAGCAAUGAAAAGUGAGAUUAUUCAUCCCUCAGCCACGUUGGUAAAUGAGGCCCAAUAUAUCUCUAUAGACUCAAUUUUUAUUUACUCUUUUUUAUAUUUUCUAUACACUAAUAAAGUUCUGUCACAGUU